AGGUUCAUUUGUAAUUUAAAAAAAAAAUCAUAACAAGAGGAGUGUUUUGUGUAAUUAAUUUAUAUAAUUUUACAUAACAAAUUAACAAUCGUGCGUUACGGGCACAGACUUCCGACUCUGCGGUCUAAUUUUCAAUUCUUAGUACUACAAAUAAAGGAUUCAAGUUAAACUUGACGUUUCCACUUGCUUUUUGACUUUAUGGUCCGAAUGACAUUAUAGUAGCAGCUUCAUUCGGAUGGAAUAUUUAGAGAGUCCAAAUCGGCUGCUAUGAAUUUUCCACCACCCCAUUUUCCCAAUAAAAAAUUCCGCCUCCCCAACUUAAUUUUCUUUCAUACUUUCGUCACAUACAACAUCUUUAGGAUAUUUGAAGUUCCAAGUCUUCGCCCCAACUUGAUUUUCGUUCAUACUUUCAUCACACACAACUAACCAUUAAUCAAAUACAUCUUACAACUCUGUCUUUUCAUGGCAGAAUGAUUGCUCACAAACAACUGAUUCAUUCAACACAAUUUCAGUAAACACAGGCCGGCCAUUUGAAGUUCAAGUCUUCUGUCAUGUUCUUUAAGAUUCAUCUGGUGCUCCUUCUCCUGAUCAAAGUGGCACACUCUAAUAUCAAUGGUGGUUUCACCUUCAAUGGAAACUUGAUGCUAGGUGGUACAGCGGAGGUCAGGCGUGACGGUCUUUUCAAGCUCACCAACGGAAACCCAGGCACUAUUGGCCAUGCGUUCUACUCCCAGCCUUUUAGCUUCAAGAAUUCGUCAAAUGGUAACGCUCUCUCUUUCUCCACUGCAUUUGUUUUUUCACUUGUCCCUCAGUUUAUCAAACUUGGUGGCCCUGGAAUGGCAUUUGUCAUCGCGCCCUCAAACGAAAUACCCGGAGCUUUACCUUAUCAAUAUCUCGGAUUAUUCAAUAAAUCAAAUUAUGGAAAUCCAUCAAACCAUAUUGUUGCCAUCGAAUUUGACACAAAACAAAACAUGGAGUUUAAUGAUAUCAAUGAUAACCAUGUUGGCAUUGACAUUAACAGCUUGGCAUCAAUCAAAUCCAUUCCUGCAGCUUAUUUUUCAAACGAGAGUGGUGAAUUCAAGAGCCUAUACCUUAAAAGCGGGGAUCUAACACGCGCUUGGGUGGAUUAUGAUGGUGUGGAGAAGCAACUUAAUGUCACAAUAUCUCCCAUCAACAUAGAUAAGCCCAGCCGUCCACUCUUGUCACUGAAAAUUGAUAUUUCACCAUUCAUCUUAGACCAAAUGUAUGUGGGGUUUUCUUCAUCUACAUGCCGUUUGAAACAGUACACUUACAUUUUGGGAUGGAGUUUUCAGUUGAAUGGAAAGGCCGAAGAGCUUGACAUUUCACACCUUCCAUCUAUUCCGCGCAUAAAACAAUCCAAAAAGAAAAAAAAAGUUUUAGAAAUUGGAUUGUCUGCAAUUGGAGUAGUUUCAGUGUCAACAACAAUUUUUAUCAUUAUUUUCUUGGGGAAAAGAAAAGCUAAAUUUGCUGAUAUAGUGGAGGAUUGGGAGGUUCAAUAUGGUCCUCACAGGUAUCAAUACGAGGAUCUGUUUCUAGCCACCAAAGGUUUCAAAGAUGCUGAAUUUCUUGGGAGUGGAGGUUUUGGUGAGGUCUAUAGAGGAGUGCUGCCCGUGUCCAAUACUCAAGUUGCUGUAAAGAGAAUUUCGCACAAAUCUAGACAAGGAAUGAAGGAAUUUGUAGCAGAAAUUGCCACAAUUGGGAGGGUGAGACACCCCAAUUUGGUAAGACUCCUUGGUUAUUGUCGACGAAAGGGUGAGCUGCUUUUGGUUUAUGAUUUCAUGGCCAAUGGCAGUCUUGACAAGUUCCUCUUUAAUGAUCCAAAGGCCAUGCUUGACUGGAAUCAAAGGCUCAAAAUCAUCAAAGACGUAGCUUCAGGACUCGCUUACUUGCAUGAAGAAUGGGUGGAAGUUAUUAUUCACAGAGAUAUCAAGGCAAGCAAUGUCUUAUUGGAUGAUGAACUAAAUGCAAAAUUAGGCGAUUUUGGGCUGGCAAGGUGUAUUGCUCGCGGAAACGAUCCUCAAACAACUCAUGUAGCUGGCACGUUGGGCUACAUUGCACCCGAGCUUGCUAGAAAUGGCAAGGCAACAAAAAACACCGAUGUUUUUGCAUUCGGAGCAUUUUGCUUGGAGGUUGUUUGUGGUAGGAGGCCGGUGGAGCAACGAGCACUACCCGAAGAGGUGGUUCUAGUGGACUGGGUAGCAGAAUGUUAUUGCAAACAGGAAAUCUUGCAGACUAUUGAUCUCAAACUAAAGAAUGAUUUGAAGGAGCCGGAGAUGGAAUUGGUGUUGAAGCUUGGACUGUUUUGUUCUCACCCUGUGGCAGCAAUUAGGCCAAGCAUGUCUCAAGUCUUGCAGUAUUUAAAGGGUGAUGCUUCACUCCCUGAGAACUUGGACGCUCUUGUUUUGAAUCAAGAGUACCGGGCAGGGCUCAAUGAUUGUGACAAAUCACACAAUCCUGCUUCCCAGUCCAAGGAUUCUAAGCUAUCGGUGACCAUCACGGAAAUGUUCAUUACUAGUGGUCGUUGAUUGUAUGGAGAAAAACUCAUAGAAGCUUUAAUUUUACUUGCUAUGUAUAGCUAUGAUUGUCAUAUAUGAUAUAAUGAAGGGAAAAUAACAGGUUUUAUGAACCCUAAGCAUUGUCUUUGUUUAUACAAGUGAUUGUUUCUAUCGACUAUUUGUAUUUCAAAUAACUUAUACAUGAAAGUUAAGAACGGGCACUUCUACAAAGGCGUCGUGUCUAUGUCUGA